AUGUCAGGAACAGCAUCGCUUCAAAAGGACAGAAACUUCAUUGCAGUCAUUGGUGAUGAGGAUUCUGUUACAGGUCUCUUAUUAGCUGGUAUUGGCAAUGUGAACCAACAGCAAAAGAGAAACUUUUUGGUAGUUGAUGCCAAGACACCUUUGGGUACGAUUGAGGAAACCUUUAUCGAAUAUACCAAACGCAAAGAUAUUGCUAUCAUUUUGAUCAAUCAACAUGUUGCUGAAGAUAUUAGAGAGCUGGUGGAUGGACACAGUGCAGCUUUCCCUGCUAUUCUCGAGAUACCCUCCAAAGAUCAUCCUUAUGAUCCCGAGAAAGAUAGUGUCCUUAAGCGUGUCAGAAGAUUGUUUGGCGAGUAA